AAUUGUGCCGUGGUGAAACGCGUCCCAACGCUCCAAAUUGUGUAUGCCACUUUCAUUAUCGUCCGUCUGAAUAUUUUUUUCCACAAUAAAUAAAUUUAAAAAAAGAUAACACACACAUCACUGGCCACCACAGUUCUGACUUUGUUCGUACACUGAGUACUGUACAGGAAUGUAUUUUUUUUAACAUCGUAAUUUGCAUCUCCUUAAACUACUUGGCUGAUUGAUGUAAUCUUUUUUAUUGGAUUAUCUUCUUUUUCGCUCGUCUCAAAGACGGGAAAACCGUCGCCAUAGAGACCAAAUGAUUAGAAAUAGUUUUUCUUGUCAACACGCAUUGUCACAAGGUGGCGAUUUUAUGUUUCUUUGACUAUGUAAUGUGCUACCUUUACAAUUUCGAAGUCAAAAGGCACGCAUAUCAUAACGUGCCUCUAUGUCGUCCAAUGCACUUUUCGGACAUCACCGGACCUCAAAAUCGUGGGAACACUUUUUUAUCGGCCUUCUUCCUUCAGUGUGUAUGGGUUUUUUACAUGAAGCCCACUCAGUUUUGUGAUGACACCGUGGUCGACUUUAUUAAUUGACAGAAGGCACAAAGGAGGGACAUCGGCAGGGACACAUCACCUUAGCAACGUAAUCAAAGUAAGAGAUUUCCUCUCGCCAGGGUCCCUGGAGGUGAGGUGAAGACCAUCCAGUCAUGUUACUGAGCCUAUUUGACUGCCUCAAGUUGGUGGGCCUUCAGCGCCUUCACGAGCGCUUCAUUUCCCAGGGAAUACGCCAUGCAAUCCACCUUUUAGCCCUCACGUCGGAGAACCUGCCCCUCCUGGAGAUCCAUUCAGCUGAGGACAAAAGGCGACUCUUCAAGCUGCUUCACCUGGUCAGAACACUACAGAAGGAGGGGCUGCCAAUUGACGAUGGGGCAGACGAUCAAGAUGUGCCCCGCAAGCGUCCUGCGCAGCACAGCAACCAAAAAGCAGGAAACACCAGGCCAGACAUUAGUAAACGAUUAUUUGCAUACUCAGCACCGCCACCCCUGAAAAAUGUCACGCACCAGCCCGACAGUCACCAGCAACCGAGACACAGAACUGCAUUUAAGAGGCACACGGACAAAGCAAGUCAUCCGAUGCCUGUUUACGAAGCCAAGAGAAAACCAGGGUACAACUACGGGCUACCUCUCCAGACUGCUUCCACAAAAAAGCAAACCCAUGGGCCGAGGAUCAUCGUUUGUGUGAGAAAAAGACCUCUGACGCUUACUGAAAAAAAGAAGGGUGAAGCAGAUGUCGUGAUAACACCAAGCGCAGAGUGUGUGAUUGUGGAAGAAGGCAAAGAAGCUGUGGAUCUCACUCAAUACAUUCUACAGCACCCGUUCUACUUUGAUCAAGUUUUUGGAGAGUAUCAUACGAAUGAGGAAGUGUAUAAGAAAACUGCAUAUCCCCUGGUGCAGCAUAUGCUUAAUGGUGGGAAGGCCACUUGCUUUGCAUUUGGCCAGACAGGCGCAGGCAAGACUCACACCAUGAUGGGUUCCGCUCCUGGGGAAGCAGGUCUAUAUGUGCUGGCGGUCCAUGACAUCUUUGCCCACCUCUCAAGAACACACAGCCCAUUGUUGGUGUACAUCAGCUUCUGUGAGAUCUAUUGUCGCCAGCUUUAUGACCUGCUCAACAACAGGAAAAGAUUGUUUGUGAGGGAGGAUGGUCACAACGUGGUGCAUAUUGCAGGACUUUUUGACGUCAGAGUGGGCUCGAUCGACUCACUGCUGAAGGUGAUUUCACAGGGUUUAACCGCACGCAAAAAAAGGGUCAGCGGUGUCAAUCCGCUCUCGUCUCGGUCCCAUGCCUUGCUUCAGAUUCAGCUCAGAUCCCCCAACCAGCAAAUCAUUGGCAGAAUGUGGUUCAUCGACUUGGCGGGAAGUGAGCGCGCAUCGGACACCACAGCGACUGACUGGCAGACUCGAAUGGAGGGAGCUGAGAUUAACCAGAGUUUAUUAGCUCUUAAAGAAUGCAUCCGCUCCCUUGAUCAAGAGCAGCGACACACACCUUUCAGGCAAAGCAAACUCACUCAGGUCUUAAAAGAUUCAUUUCUUGGCAACUCCAUGACUUGCAUGAUAGCUAACAUUUCACCCGGUCACGUUGCUACAGAGCACACGCUGAACACACUGAGAUAUGCUGACCGUGUGAAAGAGUUAAGGGGUCGUGGCGGAGAAUGCACAAACACAGUGCCUUCCAAAUGCAACGCCGUUGGGAAGAGUCUCCCUAAGAAGCCGAAGAUGGGGCCACCUCGACCUUCUUUUUGCGCUGUUUCAUCUACCUCAAGGAAACACACGGGUUGUGACGUCCAGUGUCCUCCACCUAAAAGCAACAGAUCCGAGGAAGGAAGAGCCGGUAGAACCAAAUCCAUGAUUGGACCUGCAGAAGCAAGGAACUCACUAGAAAAAGGCGAUGGGGGUCACAGUUGUGGCAAUGAAAACAGAAGGUUUAACAUGUCUACGGAUGCGUCAAGUGAGGCACAAAAGGAGUUAACGGAAGGAGAUAAAGAUGCUGCGAUGGUAAAUGAGGAGAUGCAGCAGCACUUGCGCCACUAUCACAGACAGCUUCAGAUGUUUGUGCCAUUCUCUGUCUCGUUACCUUCCUCCAGCUGCCAAUCUAUCUCUUCCUCUACCACAUCCAGUGGUUGUCUCAAGUUUUCUGACCGUCCGGGUUUGAAAGACGCCCCAGCUGUGUAUGACAGUGGGAUUGGAGCUAGUGAUUCAUUCAGAGAAGAUGGGACGAAAAAAGUACAGAUUAGAAGUUUGUCUAACCUGGAACAGGCCGACACUGCAAUGGAUGUGGCUGUUGUGUCCUUCAACUCUCAAGAGAAUAGAGAUGACUCACUUGAAAUGGAUCCCUCGCUUGACGGGCUGUGGACCGAUUGUUUAAUGUCGGUCAACAACACCUGUGGAUCGCCACCUCUUCAUCUACGGAAUCAAGAGGUGCAAUUCACCCAACCUAUCUCAUCAGUUUGUGGAUUUAAGAGUGGAGCCCAAGCUCCCCAGGAACAGAAAAGCCUAGCUAGACUGUUACAAAAUACUCAGGAACACAAAGUAAAGGAAGUACACAAAUAUCCAGAAGAUAAGGCUAAAAUGUUUAAGGAUGAUGCAUCAAGCAUCUCCCUACAAGCCAUUGUACCAACGGUUCAAGAAAAUCAGAUCAGUAGCCAUCAGGAGUCACUUAAACAGGUAAUGAAUAAAGACAGAGAAGCCAAGUUCCGAUCUUCCACUUUUGACACCAAAUUAGUAAAUAGGUACAUCAUAAAUGAGGAUCGCACAUAUGCAAAACAGUACAAGGAGAAACCCACACAUGCAAAUGAUGAGAGAAGAGAAUUCUGCCCCCAAGUGUAUGUCCAAUCUUGCUCUACUGACCCUCAAUGGGACAAUAAGUGCACAAGGGAGUCACUCAGACAUGCAAGGAGUAAAGACAGGGAAUUUUUCAUCCGGCCUGCCACUUCUGACAUCAAAUUAGCAAAAAGGUACAUAAUAACAGAGGAUCGCACAUAUGCGGAGGAUAAGGAUGCAGAUUUAUGUCUCCCAAAGGACUUGCACUCUCCCACUUCUGCUGGCAAACUGGCCAAAAAUUAUGAAAAGGAACAUCUUACGCAUGCUAAAAACAAGGAUGAUGAAAAUAACUUCAGGUCUCCAAUUUCUGACACUAAAGUGCCCACUAAGUGCACAACGGAGAAUCUCACACAUACAAAGGAUAGUGGAGAAAUCUACCUCCCAGUGGACACUUUUGAAACAAAAUUGGACAAUAAGUACAGAAUGAUAGGGUGUCUCACACAUUCAUAUAACAAAGACCAAGAAUUAUGCCUCGUGUCUCCUACUUCAAAAUUGGCUGACAAAUACAAGAAGAAUCUCAGAGGUGCAAAAGAUGAGGAUACAGACCUCUGCCUUCCAAAAGACCUCUGGAGUCAUACUUGUGAUACCAAUGUUGUGGAUCUGACACAGGGGCCCUCCUGUGCAUCCAAAACAUCCAUCUCAGCCACUUUGAAUAAGAAUGAAACCACUGAACCAAAUCUUACAGUUACUCCCGUGCCAAAAACAGAAGACCCCAGUAAACUUUUAGAAACAAUCCAAACUGAUGGGCAUAUGGAGUCGAACUCCGAAGACAGGCUCUAUGACCCAGAGUUUUCUAUAACAACGGAUAAUGCCAAAUGGCGUGUCAUCCAGGCCCACUUGGAGAAACUGAGAAAGAUGGAGCCUUUACUGCAGGAGGAACAAACCCUUCUAUGCAAGCAACCUCAAAUGGCAUUUUUGGAUUAUGUGGACAAGCUUGAGGAGAUCCAGGAUCGCAAUGCUCAGUAUCUGCGCAGCAUGAGAACCAAGCUACGAUUAUAUCGUAUGACUAGCUCCUUUUCUGAGUCCGACCAUAAACAAGGGGAACAAUAGUAAACUUGUGGUUUCAAUCAAAUGAGGUCACAAAGAGUGUUUGCAUUCAGUCACUCAGGAAUAAAACCCACAUGUUUAUUUGCUAUUUAAGAUGUUUGCUUUUCAACUGAGAAA